CGUGCUUGUGUUGCCAUAGCACGAUGGAUGUAUGAUGUGGGAAUAGCUUUUAAUGCUGUGAAUUAUGAUAGCUUAGGGGAAAUGAUUCGAGCAAUUGAAAAUUAUGGGAGAGAAAUGAAACCUCCAAGUUUUCAUGAGGUUAGAGUUCGAUUACUUAACAAAGAAGUGCAAAUCAUAAAUGAUCUUCUCGAGUCUCAUAAAGAAGAGUGGGAAAAUUAUGGAUGUACAUUGAUGUGUGAUGGAUGGACGGAUAGAAAAGGGAGAACCUUGAUUAAUUUCUUGGCUAAUAGUCCAAAGGGAAGUGUAUUUAUUAAAUCAGUUGAUGCAAGUGAUGAAUCAAAGACAGCGGCAUUGUUGGCUAGUUUGAUUGAGAAAGAAUUGAUGGAAAUUGGUCCCGAAAAAGUAGUUCAAGUUGUUACAGAUAAUGCAUCAAAUAAUGUUGCAGCAGGGAGAAUAUUGGAAGCAAAUUUUCCUCAUCUAUACUGGACUCCAUGUGCAACGCAUUGUAUAGAUUUGAUGUUGGAGGAUAUCUUUAAGAUCCGUGUUUUCAAAUAAACAUUCCGCAAAACUGUUGAGCUUACUGGUUUCAUAUAUGGCUCUUUAGGAGUUCUAAAUAUGUUGCGGAAGUUUACUAAUAGAGUAGAAUUGUUAAGGCCAGGGCAAACUAGAUUUGCUACUGCUUUUAUUACACUGGGAAGGAUUCAUCUUCAGAAAGCCAACAUUAGAAAAAUGUUUACUUCGGAAAGU